AUGAGCUUGGUUCGAGAUCCCGUCGUCGCUGAAGCCUUUUUCGCGCAGCUGCCUGCCACAGACCUCAGCCCUGCGGAAGCAUCGCUUCUACGAGCACUCUUAGCUCUUGGGGAAGCAGCAAUUGCUCUGGGCUUGCCUGCAGGCGUGAGCCUCCAAGAAUGGGCAGAAAGGCGCGUGCCGAAUCAUUGCGUGGGACAGGUGAAUGCCACCGGCCUGGUCUUCAUCCCUGGCGCGGCCAAGGCCACUCCUCCUCCCAUGAGCUUGGCGAGAGAGGCUGGUAACAGUGGCCGUCGGGAUUUGGGACCCUCUGGCGCUGUGGAGGCAGUGAAAGCCACGGUGGUCCGAUCGAUCGUGGCUGGGGUGAAAUCCAUCGGAGCCACCAUGCUGGGGCCACUGGGGGCCAUGCUUCGGCUGAAGAAGGCCGAGGAGCCAGAGAGAAUGGAGGCCGUCGAGAACACCUUCUACUACGACACCGUGCAGAAGCGAUGGCGGCAGCAUGGUGUUGAGGACGUAGAUGUCUCCCAGAUAGAUCCCAAAACUGGCCGGCAGAAGGCGCCCGACUUGUCGGCACAUCUUCCACCGCCACCCAUGAACGGUCCUACGAGUGGGUCCUUGAACAGAGCCGGGCUGCAGGCAGUCGGCUCCCUCUAUGUCGAUCCUUUGGCCAAAGCAACUGCGGCGUGGAGCGAUACCACCCCCACAGCACCCACGACACCCUCCACGGCGAUGGCUCCGGCGCCAGCAGCUUGUGCGGACAUGCUGCAGUACCGGUCGCCGAUGGACGAGGACUGGCAGAGCAGCGGGCAAGUCGCCGGCAACGUUCCCUUUCCGACGCCUUGCACGGCUUUUCCAGAUGGCUCCUUCCCAUCGAACGAAGAGCUGCACGAUGGCCGACUUCUCGAUCCGCCCAAAGGCCGGCGGUGCAUUCUCCAGAGUGUGUACGGAGAGCUUGGCAUCAUCCCUGUCCCCGGCUACGAAGGCCACAAAAAUCACGGCAUCCACCUCACCACGGGCGAGGUGGGCUGCUUCAUGAGCCACUUCACGAUUUGGCAUCACAUGGUCAAGCACCAAAUUCCAGCCGCCCUCAUCUUGGAAGAUGACUUCGAUCUACAGCCCGACUUUGCGCUAAAGCUCGGCGAGUACCUUGAGGAGGCGCGCGGCUACGACUGGAAUCUCCUGUAUGUUGGGCGCAGCCCCACCGAACCGGAUUGGACACGGCUGUCGCAGCACGUCGUGGAGCCAGGCUACACGCUAUGGACGGUGGGCUACAUCAUGCGCCUGGAUGGCGCCAAAGCACUCUUAGAUGCCGGAGUGGAGCGCGCUUUCGCGCCUUUGGAUGACUACUUCUCUGUGGCCGCCGGCCGCGGGUUCGAUUGCUUCUACAAUGACAAGGUUUUGGAGUGGAAGCCCUACAUACCAGUGCUUCUGCGACCAAUGGCUUUGACACCUCCUUUGGUGAUGCCGUACGUAGGUUCCAUGUUCCUCAGUGACACGGCAAAGGUCCGCGCCGCAACGCGGUAUGUGGAGGAUCUCCCGGUGUCCGUUCCUGAUGAGUAG